AUGGGCCAUGCUAUCAAAAACUGUCCAAACUGCCCAAAAGAUUCCCAACGUUGCUUCACUUGUGACCAGACUGGUCACUUGCAACAUGCCUGCCCCAGAGCACCCCCCACGGACGCCAGCUCUUCCAAGAAACCUGACAAGAUUCUCACAACACCUGAAUUCCCUGAUUGCUCAUGCAAGACUAUCCCUGAAAUCGAUCCCCCUCAUGGUGCACCUAUGAUGGCAGAGGAAUCCCAGGCUACUACCACCACCUCCUGCACGAAUUUCUCAACACCACAACAACUCUCUGUUCCUGCUGUUCCUACUUCCCCCUGCCAGUCUGCCAACAGGUUUGCUGCACUUGACGGACUAACUGACAGCAGCCGCACAGGUGUACUUGUUGACCCUACUCUGCCUCUUCCUCAGACACACAACACCCAGUAUGUCCCCAUCUUUCAUCCCCUCCAAAACGCUUUUCUUCCCUCAAACUACACAUCGGGCUCUACUAAAGACAAAGAAGAAUUUCACCCCAGCACUUUUGACAGUGACAACAACCAAGACUCUCAGCAUAUCCUAACUGAUGACGAGAUGGCAGACGGCAAUCAUUCUUAA